CAGGCGUCUGUCCGGGUCUUAUUGUGCACAUAGUGGGUGCAUCGGACUGCGCUAGGAUCGGCCUUUUUCUGUUGUCCAGACCAUUCGGAUGGGGCUCUCCGGUCCCCGCCCGGUCUGGCCUAAUCCGGCCAGAGUCCCGCCUGAGUCCCGCAAGCUCUGCAGGCAGGCCAGUGGGGUCUACCCCAUCCUUACGUCCUGCUACCUGCCUGCGAAGGAUCCGGGGGCCCCCCGGCUCACUCCGGAAUCAGCAUUGGGUCUCAAAGAGGCCGGGUGACGCUCCAGAAUGGGAGACAAGCCAAUUUGGGAGCAGAUUGGAUCCAGCUUCAUUCAACAUUACUACCAGUUAUUUGAUAAUGACAGGACCCAACUAGGCGCAAUUUACAUUGACGCAUCAUGCCUUACGUGGGAAGGACAGCAAUUCCAGGGGAAAGCUGCCAUUGUGGAGAAGUUGUCUAGCCUUCCGUUCCAGAAAAUCCAGCACAGCAUCACGGCGCAGGACCAUCAGCCCACGCCAGAUAGCUGCAUCAUCAGCAUGGUUGUGGGCCAGCUUAAGGCCGAUGAAGACCCCAUCAUGGGGUUCCACCAGAUGUUCCUAUUAAAGAACAUCAACGACGCUUGGGUUUGCACCAAUGACAUGUUCAGGCUUGCCCUGCACAACUUCGGCUGACUUCCUCCCAGCCAGGCACUCAUGCUGUUUCCUCCUCCCUCUCUUCCUGAUACUAUUCACACUCCUCCAGAUGCUCCAAAUAUCAUACACAAAUGAGCAGGGCCAUGGUGGGAGUGGGCGCAGUGCGCCGCCGCCGCCUAGGUUUUGUGCAUGAUGUUUGGACACUAGACUAGUUACAUCUGACAGGAGAAGUUUGUGUUGUACCAGCGCAUGCCUUGGAAAGACUUAAGUAAUGCAAAAGGUUGUCUUUUUUUUUUUUUUUUUUUUUAAUCUACUGACAAGUUGCUCAAGUUGCUCUAGUAACCCAAAGAAGUGAAGGAGAAAGCAGCUGCCUCACCGCCCAGACAUUGAUUUGUUCAGAUGUUUCAAUGCCUCAUGAUACAAUAAAACCACAAAAGUUUUCUUAACA